AUGAGUUUGUUGAAAGUUAGAAAGUUGUUGAGAGCCACGGAAGCGUAUAACGCCAUUGCUGCUGAGCUGGAGCAGUCGAGAGCCCGUGUUAAUUUUCUCGAAGAUCUGGUGAGCAAGCUCAAGGACUCCCAACGCGAAGACGUAGGUGAAACAGAAGUUAGUUCUUUGAAACUUGAAGUCGAGCAACUGAGAUCGGCUUUAGAAGCCGGUGAGAUAAGAUACAACGAGGAACGAAGCCACAGUGCAGAGCAGAUACGGGAUGCCAUGGAGACGGUGGAGAAGUUCAAAUCUGCAUCGAGCCAGAGAGAGGCCGAGCUGGAGGUGGAGAUACGGAGAUCCAAAUACGAGAUCGAGGAGCUGAAGGCGAACCUAAUGGACAAGGAAACCGAACUGCAGGGUAUAUGCGAGGAGAACGAGGGCCUCACCACGAAGCUCGAGAGCUCCGUGUCGGGGCAGAGAGAGAACGAGCUGAAGGAGAUGAUGAGUGCCGGUGAGGUGGAGGAGUCGGCUAGGGCCGCGGAGAGAGAGGUGGCCGUGAAGGUGAGCUACAUGGCGGAGGAGGUGGAGAAGAGCAACAGGAAGGCGGCGAGAGUGGGGGAGCAGCUGGAGGCGGUGCAGGCAGCGAACGCGGAGAUGGAAGGCGAGCUGAGGAGGCUGAAAGUGCAGUCGGAUCAGUGGAGGAAGGCUGCCGAGGCUGCGGCUGCAAUGCUAUCGGCCGGGAACAACGGGCAGAUGAUGGAGAGGACGGGGUCGAUGGACAGCCACUACAACAGCCCGCGGACGGGGAAGAUAAGCUCGCCGUACGGGGACGAGCUCGACGAGGAGUUGAUGAAGAAGAAGAAUGCCAACAUGCUGAGGAGGUUUGGGGUGUUGUGGAAGAAGCCACAGAAAUAGCAAACACCAUUCUUUGCUUUUCUUCACUGCUACUUAUCUUUUGGUAUAUUGCUUGGAUUUAUCUUGAACCAUAUUAUGUAGUAUUCUAUGUAAACCAUGACACCAGUUUAUGUUUAUAUACUACUAUCUUUACGCAAAA